AUGGUUAAGAAAUACCCUUGCAAGUACUCUAGCACUGCAUUGAUGUGCACAGCAGCAGCAAUCCAGGCAACAAUUUAUGCCCUUUUCACUGAGACAGAUCCAUCCAAAUGGAAACUCGGUUGGAACAUCAGGCUCCUUAGUGCUGUUUAUAAGGGAGCUGUGGCCACUGGAUUAAUGGUUGUAGUUAUGGCCUGGUGUGUUCGAAUAAAAGGGCCCUUAUUUGUGUCAAUUUUCAACCCUCUUUCGCUUGUGUUUGUGGCACUGAUUGGCUCUUUGAUCCUGAACGAAAAACUGCAUAUGGGAAGCAUUAUAGGAUCUGUUUUCAUAAUAAUUGGUUUAUACGCGGUGUUAUGGGGAAAAGGCAGAGAGAUGAAGAAGAAGACUGAUCAACGAGCUUUAGAUUUAGAAUUCAAAAGCUGCAGUUCCGGCGUUUGA